AUGGAGGGGGAAAGGGGACAGAAGGGCGAAGUGCCCAAAGACAAUGCGAACGGCAAUCAAUCUCCGGACGGUGAUGAAACCCUGAAGUAUCACCUUCUAGGUCCCUCUCUGACCAAAGCGGGCCAGGAUUCCGUUGACCAGCAAAAGGUUUCGGAAAUUAUUUACAAUGCAUCCAAGGGCUCCAAGUUCUUCAACCAUGAACAAGCCCGGGACGGCGUCCUGACUGAGAAAAUCACACGGAUUCUGAAGGAGAAGGCGCGUCUUGAGAGUCUGAACCUUUCAAUUGACCUACGAAUAGCCGAUCAGCUUUUUGCUGAACUGGAAUCGACGCGUGACCUUUCUCAAUAUGUGGUCCAUGUCGACUGCGAUGCUUUUUUUGCUGCGGUUGAAGAGCUAGAUAGACCGGAGCUGAAAACGGUGCCAAUGGCUGUUGGGAAAGGCGUUCUGACAACGUGUAACUAUGAAGCUCGGAAAUUUGGUUGUCGGAGUGGCAUGGCUUCGUUUGUGGCUAUGAAACUCUGUCCUCAAUUGAUUUGCUUGCCACAAAACUACGAAAAGUAUACAGCCAAGGCCCAGGAAAUUCGUGCUAUUAUUGCUCAAUACGACCCCCAGUUUGAGAGUGCAAGCAUUGAUGAAGCUUAUUUGAACAUCACAGCCUAUUGCAAUGAAAACCAACUCGAUCCGGGGCAGGCUGUUGGUCGCAUGCGCGCAGAAAUCCUCGAAAGAACAAAAAUCUCCGUGUCUGCCGGAAUUGCUGCGAACGCAAAGAUCGCAAAGAUAUCAUCGAAUCGCAAUAAACCAGAUGGCCAGUACUGUGUUCCAAAUAAUAGGGACGCCAUUAUGGAAUUCAUGAACGAGCUCCCUAUGCGCAAAGUCAAUGGCGUCGGCCGGGUAUUCGAGCGGGAGCUCGACGCAAUUGGUAUCAAAACUUGCGGCGACAUAUAUCGCCAGCGUGCAUUUUUGGCGAAACUAUUCGGCGAAAAGGCUCUUCAUUUUCUUGCACAGUGCUACCUCGGCCUAGGUAGGACGAAGAUCCAGCCGGUUGAAACCUACGAACGCAAAAGUGUAGGCACCGAGAGGACAUUUCACGAGAUUAGCACGAAAGAAGAAUUCAGGGAAAAGCUUUGGUCCUGCGCUCAAGAACUAGAAAAGGAUCUGUCGCGAACACAGUUCAAGGGACGAACCCUGGUUCUCAAGGUCAAGCUAGCGACUUUUGAAGUUUUAACCCGGCAACACCAGCCCGCUCGGGCCGUGUCCUCUGCUAAGGAUCUUUUCACAUCUGCCCUUCCAAUGUUAGAGAAGCUCGAGAAGGAGAUUCCAAACAUGAAGCUUCGUCUGCUUGGUAUUCGUUGUACCAACCUCGUGAGCACAAAGAAAUUUGACAUCAGAUUCUUCGGUGCCGCUGCUCGGCGAAAACCCCUACCACAAGAAGAUGCAACUGACCUUACCGGAGAGCAAGAGAUAAGCGCAGAAGAAGCGUUUGAGAAGGCUGCGCGCGAGGAGCUCCAGGACGAGAUGCAAGACAUUGAAAAGCUCAGUCAAGAAAUGCCCGAGGAUGAAAAUGUCCAAAUUGAGAAAAGCCCUGCGUCUAUUACCACAGAAACCACACCAGAACAACAACUCUACUGGGAUUGUCCCAUCUGCUCGAUGCCUCAGAUCGCUGAUGAUAGGAAAUUCAAUGACCACGUGGACUACUGUUUAUCGAAGCAAACGAUAAAAGAAGCGGUACAGGGCGAUUCACCGCAACCUCAACUGGCGUCCAAUACCACGCGAAAACGAAAGACGGCUACUCGGGACAGUGUAGAUCCACGGCAGAAACGUCUGUUCUUUACCUGA